UUGUUUAAAUAAAAUAACUAAUAUUCGCCCUUUACAUUAUAAGGGGAGAGUAAUGUAAAACAGAGAACAUGUUUUAUUGAUAAAAAUAAAUCUGUCUCUUUACAUUGCAACGUCACAAAGGAGACGAUGGAGAUAGUUUUAAUGCAUGUAUUGUUGUUUCAAAACUUGUGUCUUUAAGUUGUAAAAAUCGACCAAUCAUUCAAUCAACCAACUGUGUCCAAAUACCUCACCUCGGGGAGCGGAAUGGAUCAGUCUCCCUCACACACAGCCCUGAAUGGUACUGAGCUCUAUUAUUAGCCUGAGUCAGUCGCUAAACAGCGCCUCCUCAGCUGGGUCUGGGAGGAAAAAUAUUCAUUACGUAACAAUAAAAGAUCGGUCUCUGGCUCCACUUCCUGAAUAACACAGUGGCUAGGCCUGCGUCAGCCGACCAGCCCGGAAGCCUCACUUGCUCUCUAUUUCUGUGUUCGGGCUGAGCUCACCCUCUUUCGUUUAUCCCUUGCAACACAUUCCCACCACCCCUCCUCCACACCUCUUUGUGGGUCAGUGAUGCAGCAGGAGUGACGCAGCAGUGUCAGGGCCUCAUCAGCCUCCAGACGGGCAGUGUCUCAGGAGUGGACUGGAGAGAGAAUCUGUGUGCCCAGGAUGGGCCCAGACACACACCGACAGCCAGCCACCAGUCAACAGAAAAUGUUGAAGGUAAAUUCCAUGACGAGGCCCAGAGAGAGCGGGCUUGGAGCUGGCUAGCUAGAGCUCUCCUUCCCAAACACAUACACUCCACAGAGGGACUGCUCACUUCCAUAGCGACAGCGAACGGGCAUGUAGGAGCAUCCGGAUGGAAAAAUGUUGGUCGGCUACUGAGCAAAUAGAAGACUCUCCAAGCAAUUAUUCAAGAGUGAAAGAAGAAUUCGUCACAGAAAAUGGCAACAAUGAAUCAGCAGAUGACGGUGGCGUCUCCCUGCACCCAGGGCCUGGUGGACAGCUCUCUUCCCCAGGCGCUCCUCAGCAGGCUCAACGAGCAGCGCUCCCAGGGCCUCUUCUGUGAUGUCACCAUCGUGGUGGAAGAUGUAAAGUUCCGGGCUCACCGGAACAUUCUGGCUGCCUGCAGCGGAUACUUCCGCAGCGCCUUCACCUCCCCUGAGGUGUGGACUUCCAGCCAGGUGCUGGAGCUCAUGGACCUGAGGUCUGAGGUGUUCACCAGCAUCCUCAACCUCAUCUAUUGUUCCAAGGUGACAUCAUCACCUAGCACAGAGGACACUAGAUGCCUGAUGGCAGCUGGAAAAAGACUGGGGAUUCCCUUCUUAGAGAAACUGGUGGAACAAGACAGGCAGGGCUCAGGUGGUCCAAAGAUCCAGACCUCAACCAACCCUGUUAAGACCACAGGCCGUAGUAAGGCCCGUGGGCCCCGUAAAGCGAAGAAGGAGACCUCCAGGCCAGAUCAGCUGGACAGUGCAAGAGGCCCGCGGAUCACCAAUGCUUUCUCUAUCACUGAGGUGGGUCCCGGGAACAACCUCUUCACCCCACUAGACCUGCACAGUGGGGAGAGGCAGUCACCUGACCUUGGACAGACCCCAGCGGGCUGCCCUGUCCCCUUCCCCCUUGCGGUGGACAAUGAGCCCAUGCAGGCACUGUCAGAGCACUCCUACGCAGUCAUCAGCCAGGGACCCAGGGCCCCUGAGCACGGGGCUGGCAACCAGGAGGACAACAAGAAGCACACCAAACCCACACAGUCCCAAUCAAGGCAACUAGCCAACAAGAAUAGUGGCCCACUCAAAAAGCGCCACAGACUACGAGCCGCCUUGAAUAAAUGCACACCUCCAACACUGGCUGUAGCACUUAAACCUGUGCAUCCUACUGGAAGCAGCCCGUUAUUAAUUAAGCCCACUGUACAACCUGUGGGAACGUCACCCCCGUCAUUAUACCCACAGACAGAUGUGCAUACAAGCAGGGCCAAUGAGCUGUCUCUAGCCAUGGAUAAUGGCUACAGGGAGCUGGACCCACCUCCACUUUCACCCCAAACGGAAGAUAGCAUAUCAAUCUAUGGCUGUGAGCUCUGUCCAGAGAUAUUCACCAACAAAGCACUUCUCACCGUACACACAGAAAUGCACAAGAAAAGGUUCGUCAGUCAUUUGUUCUGCAAGUUUUGUCGCAGGAAGUUCAUGCAUUUGAAGCGGUUGCGGAACCACGAGACGGUGUGCCCGAAAGCACAGAGGGGCUCGCCUGAACACGAGCCCCAAGGCAAAGAGGACGGGGCAGACCAUUAUUCAGACAGCAUGCCAAGCAUGGACAAUACAGCAACUGAUGUCCAGUUAUCUCCUACUGAACUCCCUGACCCUUUCCUUCCAACCAGCCUCCAAAUGAACCCCAUGUCAAAAACACUGCAGGCUGUAGAUAGGUUAGUGAAACCUAGUGGAGGCCAGAGGGUCUAUAACUGCAGUGUGUGUAAACGUGCAUAUGUGACCGUCUCGAGUCUGAAGCGCCACGAGAAUGUGCACUCCUGGCAGAGGGCGUACCCCUGUCACUACUGCAAUAAAGUGUUUGCCCUAGCCGAGUAUCGCACCAAACACGAGAUCUGGCACACAGGUGAGCGUCGCUACCAGUGCAUCUUCUGCUUAGAGACCUUCAUGACCUACUACAUCCUAAAAAACCACCAGAAGGCCUUCCACGGAAUCCAUCCCAGAUUGUCUGUGAGUAAGAAGUCAGCAAAUGGUGGAUUUAAGGGCAGCGUUUACCCCAUCAAACUCUACAGGCUUCUGCCUAUGAAGUUUAGAAAGAGACGGUAUAAGACAUACAGUCAGACCUAUUCAGAAGAGCUGGAGGUCAGCGAGCAGGCCCCGUUGGGCUGCAGCUCUCCCAUCCUUCCAUUUGAAGAUGUUGGCGCUAUGGGUAAGCAAGAUGCUGCUUUAUUCUCAAUGCCUGUGACAUUCAUGGCCACUCCAAAAGUGGUAGCAUCAGUAAUGCCACGCAUCAGUUUUGAUCAGCCCUGUGACCAAGAUGUAGACCAAGAUGCAGGCACAGGAAAACAGGCCUCUCACUCCAAACGUAAUGGGCCUCCAUAUAGCUAUACAACCCCCUUGGCCAUAAUGCAGGCAGGUGGGGAGUCCCCUGCACUGGACUAUGGAGAUGGUGCUGCAUUCCAAGGUUUUAAGAACCCGGAGGGCAACAGUCAUAAUCUACCGUUCCUAAAAAUCAACCCACACAGCUCUCUAAACAGGCUAUGUGAGCUCUCAGCUGCAGCACAGAGAAUUGAAGCCAUGACCAGUCAGCUUUUUAUGCCAGAGGCUGAGAGCCUGGCGCCUAGCAAGACUGCAAGGGGGGAAACUGAAACGUACAUCGCCACGCCUGCGUGUCCAGGUCCCUCCGUGGAUGGUCACGUUCUGCCACUCUGCCAGAUCACAGUGAAAAUUGGCAACGAGGCCAUCAUUCGCCGGAGGAUCAAGGACUCCAAGCUGUUCCCCAGGAAGAGGAAAAUAAGCAGCGGGAGCCAGGUAGAGGAGAGGUGUCGGGACCAGGGCCGGCCUGCAGAGGGCAGCAUGGAGAGCUCCAGCCUCCGCUUCAGGACAGAGGUAACUUCUGUCAUAGAGUCAGAGCCAUGCGAUGACCACACUGACCGUGAAACAGCUGACAAGCUCUGGCGUCCCUAUUACUCUUACAAACCCAAGAAGAAGAGUAAGAAACUGAGAUCCAAACACAGAAAAGAGAGACGUCAUCUACGCUAUUCCAUGACAUCCUCAAUAGUGCCCAGGGCCAGAAAAGACUACCUGGAUAAAAGAUGCAGAAGCGCUGAAGAGAGCAGCGAGGGCACAGAGCUGAAACAACGUCUCAGAAACACCAGCUCAAAGACAACGUACACCUGUGACAUCUGUGCAAGCACCUUCAUAACGGCAUCGGGUCUGAGAGCACAUAUCAUUGGCUGCCACCCAACUUUCUGUCGGACCUGCGCAAAGCAGUGUCCCCCCAGGGAAACCUCCAGUGCCAGCUGCGAGACCGCUGAGGACAGCAGGGAUUACAUAUGCAAGAGCUGUAUGGAAAAUGGCUCCUGCUUUGACAAUUGUGCCCGCAGCCCCAGCACAGAGAAGCGGUAUCACUGCUCCUUCUGCCCCCAGCGCUUCCUCUACCUCGCAACCAAGAAGAGCCAUGAGAAAAAACACAAGGAGACAGCAGGAAAGGGGUACAGCAACGACGACUACACCACAGUCCCAAAACGGCCAGCAACUUUGGACUUAGGCCUAAAUCUGAAAAAGCUUGUCAUCAAAACAGAGGAAGGGGAGGAUCAAUAUAGCAUCGACAAGGAGAGCAAAGCACCAGCGGGAUCACUAGGCAGCUUUUCAACAGAGAAGAUAGAGCCUAAGCACGAGGAAUGGGACACCUUUUCUCUUUCCCCUUCAGAGAUGCAGUAUGGAAAGUCUAAAAAGCGCUUUGAACCCAAACGGCAACAUCAGAAAAGCCUCACUUCCAAAAGGCAGAAGCAAGUAGACUUUAUGGGUAGAGAGACACCCAGUCAUAAGGCCCCUCUGACCACACCAGAAGAAGACAGUCAUUUUAGCUAUGGGCAGUCUUCUUCUACACGUCUGAAAAGAGAUUCAGUCACUAGGGGAACCACUCGCCCAAGUCAGAGAAGUGUACAUACAGUGUAAAGAGGAGUCCUCUUUACAAAGAUAAUACUUAUCAUUCAGGAGGGAAAUACUUUUAAGUGACUAUAUGCCUAUGCAGUAAGUUGCAGACCAACAGUAAAAUAUAUAUGUCAAUAUGCUGUGCUUGAUAUAGGUUAGUUUGCCCGAAAUAAUGGACCCAAACUAAAUCAAGCGCACCUCAAGUACUUUGAAAACAUAAUUGGACUUUUAUGUUUUUGACCCAGGUCUGGAAAACAGAUAUAAUAAAUUGCCAAUGAACAGCAGAUAUUGAAUAUGAGGACCUAACUGACAUCUGUGUAAAUUGCAUUUUCUUCAUUCUUAUAACACAAAUCUUUUUUUUUUUUUAAAGGUGAUUUAUUUUUGUACUUUUUUCUUUGCUUUUUGAGACUAUUUCAUAAUGAUUGUGCUGUCCAUAUUCUAUACAUAUGCUAACUGUACAUAGUUAUUUGCACUUUAUAAUAAUUAGAAUUUUUGACUGUAUAGGCUACCAUUCAUAUAAAUAGUCUGUCCACCACUUUGGUAGUGUCAUUACCACUGACAGCACCACAUGCACCAUCAAAAUGAAUGAGAAUCCCCAUGUGUGUCUUUUAAAAUAAUAUACAUGACGUGUUACAAAGUCAUGUGUCAGAGAAAAUAAGUAAUUAAUGAACUAGUAGAUCAUGACAAGAGGAGAGCCUGUUUUUAUAUUCACGUGUCUUGGGAUAUUUAGAUAAAUAAACAAUCAACCUGUCUGGAAUUGCCAAGAGCUUAUUGCAUGGCACACACACACCCUCCUGUUGUUGGAUGAAAUAAGUACACAGGAUAUGGAGCCAGAUAGCUGCCAAAAGGUUGAACGUACGUAUCAUUAGGAUCGUGACAAAAUCCAGAUGUAAAUUGUUCGGAUCGUAAGAAAAGCCAUGCGUGAAACGUAAACGUGAAAUUUCAUCUGUGAACAUACAAAUAUCAUGUUAAUUAUGGACUAACAUUUUAGGCUUAAACAAAUCUUGUGUUGUAAUUCUGACAUACAAUAUCUUUCAGAGUUUUGGAAGUUUCAUCUCACAAAAAAAACAAAACUUACACCCAACGGCUUGUAAGGAGUGCUACGCGAACAAGUAUAACACAGUAUUAAAAAAGCAUACGUCUGGGAAACAGGAAAUAGGUAUCCUGCACGUUUUCAAGUUAAAAGUUUCCAUUCUCUAUUACUCUUCAGUUGAGUUCACAUUUAGGUAGCUAAUGUAAUGGAUUUGUUUGCCAGCUCAAGUCUAGAUAGCACUAGCUGUAUUCUGCCUACAACAGUGAAGUUUCAGUCCGCUAGGUGUAUCUCUACAGCAUGGACAUAUGUCUGGGUGACGUGGACAUCCCCAUGCAUGCACCUUAUCAUCAUAUGACUAAUACAAUAUUGCACCAUCCAAUUCUCUGGGCUCUGUCUGAAAUCAUAACCAGUAGUAUAUACCAGGAGUAAUGAAACACAGAAUAAUAAUAGCUGUUUGGUGAAUCUAUGAAUUAAAAAUGAUCACUGGAGUGGUAUCAUGAAAUGUAUUUCAUCACUCAAUCUUGCCAAAGCAUAUUCUGUAGGAAGGGUUUAUAAUUUGACAUGAUUUAUAUGAAUCGGGUCAUGGACAUAUGGACUUUGAAAUGAACAAGGGAGAGGUUAACGUAGGCGGAGUCUGGCAGAAGCUUAUUCCCACACUUUACAAUAACUGUGUUGCAGUGGUCUUAGAUAGUCUCCUUAUAGGCUUUUCCCUCCAUCACAACACUGCUGCCCAGUUGAUCUCUAUGCAGCACCACGCACCUUCAGAAAAGCACCCCUCAAUCUCAGGAGAUGCCCUUCUGGAGGCAUGCUGCCAUAGUCAUUAUACCCUAAUGUAGGCCUAUUUGCCUAGUAGCCAGAGCAUAUGUUAAAUUCCAACAUAUUUGAACAUUUAAGUCGUCCUUCAUUCACCUUAAUUCAGUCAGUAUGUCAUCCAUUCAGUCAUUUGUCUGAGUUCCAAUAGGAACUAAAUCAAAGAGAAUAGAACAGUCUUAUCCAUUUGUUUAUUGAAAUCCAUGUGUGUAUUCAAAAUUAUCAUAAUUCUCAAAGUUAUUUAGCCUAUCACUUUUUAAUAAUUCAAUGCUUAAUUUAGGCCAAUCCACACAACACUUUUUUUUAUUAUUAAAAUAGGCCUUCAACUUGAAGGCAUUGCAAUUUAGGCUAUCAUUUGAGGUACUGGUGUCUUGUGGAAUAAUUGUAGAACUAUUUGAAUUUUAUAACCGUUUUUAAAUAUAGGCCUCCCUUAAGAAGAGACCCUAACUCACAGGCCUCUAAAUGUUAAACAAAAUAGUUGAAGAAGCACAUGCAGUGGCUGAUAGGGAAAACAGAUCUGUCAAUAAGAAUAGGCUAUUUGUGACGCCUUAGCUAUUUCGCUUAGGACAGGUUAUAGCGAAGACUUAAUCAAUAUUUUGCUUCGUCUCAUUUAUUGAUAUGGAUAUAGCCUCUGCGUUAUAGGACUGUGCAACGCAAAAGGCUAUAACAAGCCUACAUAGAGUGGAAUUUGCAUAAGGCCUACAGUCCGUGCUCCCAAAUAGUGGAAAAAGUGUGAUUCAUUAGGUUAAAUGAUCACCACAGUAGCCCCACGUGGCUAUAAAAACGAAUUAUGCAAUUAUAAGGCCAUUAAAUAACACAACAGCAUGGCAUAUUUAGAUAGCGGAAUAGGCUUAGCCCAAAUCAUAUUUACUUUCUAUUUUUCAGCUCAGGUGGUUAUUCUAGACAAGGCUCUUCUGCAUCUUUAUAGUAUCCUUCUCACACAAGUCAUUUGCUGAAGGCCCAAGCCUAUACUACGCCAUCUACUGGUAUAACGUCGUUAUUGAAUGCCGUUCUAAAACAAACUUUAGACUUUGGAAAUGAAACCAAAUGCUGCAAAGCAACUCUACGUCUGGGCUAGAGUUGCUUGAUUGACUAGCUAACUUCAACUAGCUACGUUCGGUUCAUGUCCUUUGCAGAUGCCACAUUCCUGACAAACGUUUGUACGUAAAGAAAAAUAUCUGUAACCGUGUAAAGGGAGACUUAAAGUAAGAAUUGAACGUAUAAAUGUUAAUUCAUAGUCGUAACAGAAUUUGUACAUUUACAGAUCUAAUUUAACGGUUAGGUUUCAUGUUUCCACACAUGACUUUUCUUUUGAUCCUAACAAUUUACGUAUGGAUUUUCUUACGAUCCUAAUUAUACACACAUUCAACCUUUUGGCAGCUAUCUGGCUCCAUAACAGGAGGCCAUAAUUGGUAAGUCCUUGCACUGAUGCAGAGUUUGCAGCUGUUACUUUCAUAAGGCAAUUAGAAAUAAAAACAAAUCUAAGCCAUCAAA